AUGGCUUCCUCCGUCGCCCAAAUCCCCCCCGGCGAUCUCUUUUCGCCGCUGACCGCAGAUCGCCGGAUACAGUCGCAGAUCAUGGACCAGUGGGCCACGCGCCAGGCCCGCGAGAUGAUCACCACCAUUGAGCGGCGGAGCCAUGAAGCCGAGCUCUCUGCUCUCUCCAAUGUCCGCGCCUCGUCUCUGAUACAGAUGUGGAGGGAGAUGGAGUCCGUGGCUUAUCCUCGCGGCGGCGGCUCCUCGCUGACGGCGGAGAAGGUAUCCGGCGGGUCGGAUGCGGAGAGCGAGAAGCAGAUGAGAGUGAGGAAGAUGAGCCUCAAGAUCGCAUCUUGGCCGUCUUCAUCAAGUGACGAAUCUGAAUUCUCGGGGACGGGUAAGGAGCAGUUGGAGAAUCAGGCCAACAUAAAAGUGGUGAGGGUGAGGGGAAGGAAGGAGAUGGAGGAUUUAGUGAUGAGAAUGAAGCAGGAGAGGAUGAGAGAGCUCGCAGACCUUGCUGACGAACAGAAAGUCUCUCGAUUCCCAUUCCAUGGAAGGAUUCAGGCAUUGAUUAGGCUAAGAGACCUGCGACAACAAGUUUCAACAACGAUCAAACGUCAACAAGAGCAAUCGAUAAAAUCAGAAGGCGAGAAAUCACAAAGAAUAUCAAACAGCGUAUUCUUGAGGAAAGUAGCUGAAGAUGUAAGUGAGCAAAAUGGUAAUGAAAUUGAGACUGAGGAACAUACAAUUGAUUCUCAAGAUUCUCAUUUUGGCGAUUCAGUCAAUCAUUCUGAAAAUGACGACAAUCAAUACAUAGACUUAGUCUCCACAAUAGAAUUGGAAGGCUCGUCACAAGCCUUCUUCACAUCAUUAUCCAGAGAAGAAGAUCUGCAAGAAAGCCGGAGAUAUGAUGCUUUGUGGAAUAAGCAAAAUUCAUGGGAAAAUUCUAAUUAUUUGAAACAGCCUGAUGAUUCAUCUGUAUUGAAAAGCUAUCAAGGAGAGAUUUUGAUGGAGGAAACUAAGGCUUCCAUAGGCUAUAACUGGUUGUAUCAGCAAACUUUCAUCAAUAAUGCCGAGGUUCGAGAACUUCUCGAGAGGAAAACUGUUACAAAUUUCCUAGCUAGUGAUUUUUCUCAAAAAUUGAACCAGCUCAUAAUGUCAUUUAGACAAAAACAAGCUCUACAAUAUGCUAAUGAGAAUGGAAGAGAUGGGUGUGAAGAAGAAACAAUCAGGAGACGAAAUUAUGAAGAUUGCUCUGACACAGAUCCUUCUGCAUCAUUCAAUCAAAAUUCAUCUGCAAGCGAGCAAGAUGAGGAUGUUAUGAAUGAUUUGAGAUAUGGUUUUGCACAAAUACAAAGUGAAGUUUCUGAGCUAAGAAAGAUGGUAGAGAGCUGCCUGGAAUGGCAGAAAAAGUUGGAAUGCUCUAUCGAACAGGAAUUUUCUUCUGCUGUUAAUCAAUUAGUAGAAAGAGGGAAAUCUUCUCUUGCCACCAAAUGGAAAACCACCUGUAGCAUUUGCUGUGAAGACCAAGUUGACACAGUAUUAUACAGAUGUGGGCAUAUGUGUGCUUGUUUCAAGUGUUCUCAAGCUUUGCAAUGGAGCAGUGGUAAUUGCCCAAUUUGUUAUUCUACAAUCGUUGAUGUUGUUCGAGUAUAUCCAAACAUCUAAAAAUUAAGGCUUCAUUUGGCACCAGUUUUUUUGAGAAAAAAAAUCGCCAGCAAAGAUAGAGACCGACUAAGGCUUAGUUUCAGACGACUUUGUUACGCCUGGACCGGUCCCAGCUGGACCGGUCCGGUUCUACACCCGACGGCUCA